UUAUAAUUUUUUUUCUCGUCUUUUCAAUCAUUGUCUCUAUAUAAAUAAUUUUUUUUGUUUUGAUCAAAAAUACAUAAGAACGUAUCAUUUGAAUAGGAUAUGAUUUCACAUGCUUGGAAUCAUACGCGUACACAUGACAGACGAUAAUCAUCUUCAUCAAAUCAAUCAGAGAAAUGUUUUUGACAAAAAUUAUUGAUAAUAAAAUUAUUAUUAUUUACAAACAACAGUCGUUCUGCUUAGUAUAUAGAUGAUACUGUGUUUUUUUAUUCAAACAAUGUUGAAAGUGAAUAGAUUCUCAAUAAUCCAUUUGAUUGGAAAACGUAAUCUGUCAUCAACAAAUAUUAAAGAUGACCAAACAUACAUCAUAUCGGCCGCACGAACACCAAUUGGAUGUUUUCGUUCAAAACUUGCCCAAUUUACAGGUCCACAAUUAGGAGCAAUAGCUAUUCAAGGUGCAAUCGAAAGAUCGACCAUUAUCACUAAAGAUUUAAUCGAAGAAGUCAUCAUGGGAAACGUACGGCAAGCUGGUGUUGGUCAAGCACCUGCUCGACAAGCAGCAUUAGGAGCUGGUCUACCAGUGACUGUUGCAACAACCUCAUUGAAUAAAGCCUGUGCAUCCGGAAUGAAAUCUUAUCAGAUAUUAGCACAGGCUAUCCAAUGUGGUCAAAUUGAUAUUGGUAUUGCCGGUGGCCAGGAAAGUUUUUCCAAUGUACCUUUUUUUCUACCUCGUGGUGAUUUACCGUAUGGAGGCAUCAAAUUGAUCGAUGGAUUACAAUUCGGUUUUACCGAUGUUUACUAUAAAAAAUUGAUGGGAGCAUGUGCCGAACAUACGGCCAAAAAUAUGAACAUAUCUCGUGCCGAACAAGAUGAUUAUGCGAAACGUAGUUAUGAGCUAAGUGCUCAAUGGGCAUCUAAAGUAACCGAAUUGGAAAUUGUACCAGUCGAUAUACCAGCAACUAAAAUACCAAACCACAAAUUUGGCGAAGAUGAAGAAUAUCGGCGUGUAGAUUUUUCGAAAUUUUCUAAAUUGAAGCCGGUAUUUGAACCGAAAAAUGGAACAAUAACAGCUGCAAAUGCUAGUAAAAUUAACGAUGGUGCAUCAGCUGCUGUUUUAGCAUCGGGACGAGCCGUUCGAAAAUAUGGUCUUAAACCUUUGGCCAAGAUUGUUGGAUUUGCCGAUGCAGCUGUCGAUCCGAUUGAUUUUUCCAUCGCUCCAACAUAUGCAAUUCCAAAGUUACUUGAAAUGACGGGUUACAAACAAAAUGAUAUACAUCUAUGGGAGAUUAACGAAGCAUUCAGUGCCGUUGUGUUGGCUAAUCUACGAUUACUUAAAAUAGACAUUUCUAAAGUAAACAUUCGUGGUGGUGCUGUUAGCCUCGGUCAUCCAGUAGGAAUGUCUGGUUCACGCAUUGUCAAUCAUUUAGCUUUACAUUUGGAACCUGGACAAAUGGGUGUUGCAGCUAUAUGUAAUGCUGGGGGUGGUGCAUCCGCAUUAAUGCUCGAAAAGAUGUAUAAUUAAAUUUUAUUUGCAUGAUAUAAUUGUUAUUGAGAUUUAGAUUGUAAAAUUUUGUAGAAAUAUCUGCAUUAUUUAAUUGUUAGAUAUAAAUGUCAUUUUUGAGACAAAUAAACAUGAUUCAAGAAUUGAUCAA